CACACAAAAUUUACAACAAAGAAACUUAAUUACCAAUUUCUCAAAAGCUCAAAUCCGUUUUCUGAAAAUGGUUUAUUUUCGCCUUUCGUCGUCAUUUUUUCUGCUAUUGAUCAUCACUUUAUCAAUUCAGGUUGAUGCUCGACAGCUUCUCGACACGAAAUUGCCAGAUGUACCUAAUCUUCCGAAACCUGAAGUUCCUACCUUACCGAAACCUGAACUGCCAGAGUUGCCAAAGCCAGAAGUGCCGAAAUUGCCCGAAUUACAGAAACCUGAAAUACCCAAAUUGCCUGAAUUUCCAAAGCCUGAACUACCUAAGUUACCUGAAUUGCCGAAGCCAGAAGUUCCAAAGGUUCCAGAAUUUCCAAAACCCGAACUACCCAAGUUACCUGAAUUGCAGAAACCUGAAGUUCCGAAGGUGCCAGAAUUGCCAAAACCUGAACUCCCCAAGGUUCCUGAAUUGCAAAAACCUGAAGUCCCAAAAUUGCCGGAAUUGCCAAAACCUGAAGUUCCAAAGGUGCCUUUAUCACAAAAUUCUGAAGUCUCAAAGGUGUCAGAAUUGCCAAAACCUGAAAUUCCCAAGAUUCCUGAACUUCCGAAACCUGAACUGCCCAAGAUUCCUGAACUGCCAAAACCUGAAUUCCCAAAGAUGCCUGAACUGCCAAAACCCGAACUCCCCGAGAUCCCUGAACUACCAAAACCUGAAGUCUCAAAGGUGCCUGAAUUGCCAAAACCUGAAAUUCCAAAAGUUCCAGAAUUGCCAAAACCCGAACUCCCCAAGCUUCCCGAGUUUCCGAAACCGGAACUCCCAUCUUUCCCACACUUUCCGGAGCUUCCAAAGCCGACAUUGCCUACCAUACCAAUUGCUCCAAAAGACAUCAAACCACCUCAGUCAACUACUACUACUCCUUAAAUGAAUGCUUACAUUCAGAACAUUUUAUGUUUCCUCGGUGAAUUUUACAUAGCGUUCUUCAUAUUCUGCUCUUUUUAUGUUUAGUGCAGAAAUUUUUAUUGUUUGUUUGGUUAUUAUUAUUCUAAUUUUUGUUAUUCAGAUUGUCAUUAUCUUUUGUAAUUCUGGUUAUGUUGGAUUACUGUAUUUUCUUACUAUUUUUUAGCUAUAUAUAUUAUACAGGUUUUCUUUGUA